AUGUGGUGCGUCCACAGGUUUGUUCCUAAAGCAGAACUUUGGCAGAGACAGGUGCGGUGCGUGCCCAGAUUUGUUUCUAGAGCAGAACUUAGCCAGAGACAGUCUAGCACUGGGCCAGAGACAGGCUUGGUGCGGGAGGUCACCCCGUGGGGGAUGCAGAUGAAGCAAUUGUAUCUGGCGGCUCACGCUAAGGCCCUGGGGAGCUCGACGCGCCCCUUUGUUAGCGGCGAGUGCUGCCAGAUGGUGCUCCCGGAGCACACGCGCCCUCUGCUGGUGCUCCCGGAGCACAUGCGCCCUCUGCUGGUGCUCCAGUCGCCGCGCAUUCCGUCCGAGGACUCCGAGGGCGACUGCUACUCGCCGGCCGCCUCGGCCAGCCCUCGGCCGCUGGCCCUGUGCCUGGGCGCCGGCUGCGCGUCGCGACGCCAGUCGCCCUUCCUGCUGGGCGCCCACGCCUCCUGCCCCAGCCCGCCCCAGCCCGCCAAGGGCAAGGCCUCGCUGGGGCUGACGUGCGUCGUGUGCGGCGACACCAGCUCGGGCAAGCACUACGGCAUCCUCGCUUGCAACGGCUGCAGCGGCUUCUUCAAGCGCAGUGUGCGCCGCAAGCUCAUCUACAGGUGCCAGGCCGGCACGGGCCGCUGUGUCGUGGACAAGGCACACCGCAACCAGUGCCAGGCCUGCCGCCUCAAGAAGUGUCUGCAGAUGGGCAUGAACAAGGACGCGGUGCAGAACGAGCGGCAGCCGCGCAACACGGCGACCAUCAGGCCCGAGGCGCUGGUGGAGAUGGACCAGGAGCGAGCCCUGCGCGAGGCCGCCGUCGCCGUCGGCGUGUUCGGACCGCCCGUGUCGCUGGCGAUGGGGCUGAGCCCCAGGUACCACUCUGCCAUGAUCAGCUCGCCGCUGGAGCUGCCGCCCAAGCAGGAGGCUGACGACGAGGACAGCAUCGACGUGACGAACGAAGAGGCGCUGCCGCCGACGCCCCGGUCUUUGGCGUGCGGCGCCGGGACGCCCGCCCCCCAGGCGCGGCCGGAGCUGUACCAGCCGGCCCACGAGACCGUGUACGAGACCUCGGCGCGCCUGCUCUUCAUGGCCGUCAAGUGGGCCAAGAACCUGCCCUCCUUCGCCAGCCUGCCCUUCCGCGACCAGGUGAUCCUGCUGGAGGAGGCGUGGGCCGAGCUGUUCCUGCUGAACGCCGUGCAGUGGUGCAUGCCGCUCGAGUCCAGCCCCUUGUUCUCGGUGUCGGAGCACGCGGCCGCCGUGCCCAACGGCAAGGCCAGCCAGGUGGCGUCCGACGUGCGCGUGCUCAACGACACCUUGCUGCGCUUCAAGCACGUGGCCGUCGACCCCGCCGAGUUCGCCUGCCUCAAGGCCAUCGUGCUCUUCCGCUCAGAGACCAGAGGACUGAAGGACCCGCUGCAGGUGGAGAACCUGCAGGACCAGGCGCAGGUGAUGCUGGGGCAGCACUCGAGGAGCCAGCAGCCGGGGCAGCCCACCAGGUUCGGCCGGCUCUUGCUCAUGCUGCCCCUGCUGAGACUCGUCACCACCAGCCGCAUCGAGCAGAUCUUCUUCCAGAGGACCAUCGGCAACACUCCGAUGGAGAAGGUGCUCUGCGACAUGUACAAGAACUAG